GUUCUUAUUCAGUUCAUGGUGUUCUAUGCUGCUCUCAGUUCCCCUGAACUGUGGUCAGUCUCUCUAAUUUACUUAUCCCUGCUGAGCGGCGUGGAAAUCAAUGUGCGGGUCACCACCAUGGAUGCAGAGCUGGAGUUUGCCAUCCAGCCAAACACCACUGGGAAACAGCUCUUUGACCAGGUGGUGAAGACGGUGGGGCUGAGGGAGGUGUGGUUCUUCGGCCUGCAGUACGUGGACAGCAAGGGCUACAGCACGUGGCUGAAACUCAACAAGAAGGUGACCCAGCAGGACGUGAAGAAGGAGAACCCGCUCCAGUUCAAGUUCCGGGCCAAGUUCUUCCCGGAGGAUGUUUCCGAGGAGCUGAUCCAGGAGAUCACCCAGCGCCUCUUCUUCCUGCAGGUGAAGGAGGCCAUCCUGAACGAUGAGAACUACUGCCCUCCCGAAACGGCGGUGCUGCUGGCCUCCUACUCCGUGCAGGCCAAGUACGCCGACUACAACCAGGAGGCCCACAAGCCCGGCUACCUGGCCAACGACCGCCUGCUACCGCAGAGGGUUCUGGAGCAGCACAAGCUCACCAAGGAGCAGUGGGAGGAGAGGAUCCAGACCUGGCACGAGGAGCACAAAGGCAUGCUUAGGGAGGACUCGAUGAUGGAGUACCUGAAGAUCGCGCAGGACCUGGAGAUGUACGGAGUCAACUACUUUGAGAUCAAGAACAAGAAGGGCACGGAGCUGUGGCUGGGCGUGGACGCGCUGGGGCUCAACAUCUACGAGCACGAGGACAAACUGACACCAAAGAUCGGCUUUCCCUGGAGUGAAAUCAGAAACAUCUCGUUCAGCGACAAGAAGUUUGUCAUCAAACCCAUUGACAAGAAAGCACCGGACUUUGUGUUCUACGCGCCGCGGUUGCGCAUCAACAAGCGCAUCCUGGCGCUGUGCAUGGGGAACCACGAGCUGUACAUGCGCCGCAGGAAGCCCGACACCAUCGAGGUGCAGCAGAUGAAGGCCCAGGCCCGCGAGGAGAAGCACCAGAAACAGCUGGAGAGGGCACAGCUAGAAAAUGAGAAGAAGAAACGAGAACAUGCGGAAAAAGAGAAGGAGAGAAUAGAGCGGGAGAAAGACGAGCUGAUGGAGCGUCUGAGACAGAUCGAGGAGCAGACGUUAAAUGCGCAGAGAGGUGUGAGACCGUUGGCCCUGUGUGAACUGUGUAUUUUGCUUCAGGCGGCUGAGCUGGGAGAAUUCACCGCCAAAAUCGCUCUGCUGGAGGAGGCCAAGCGGAAGAAGGAGGAGGAAGCCACAGAUUGGCAGCAAAAGGCCCUGUCAGCUCAGGAGGACCUGGAGAAGACCAAGGAGGAGCUGAAGACGGUGAUGAGCGCCCCGCCCGCCCCUGCGCCCGCGGAGAACGAGCACGACGAGCAGGACGAGAACAGCGCCGAGGCCAGCGCCGAGCUGUCCAGCGAGGGCGUGACCGACCACCGCAGCGAGGAGGACCGCCUCACCGAGGCGCAGAAGAACGAGCGCGUCAAGAAGCAGCUGCUGACGUUGAGCUCAGAGUUAGCCCAGGCUCGAGACGACACCAAAAAGACGCAGAACGACAUGCUGCACGCGGAAAACGUGAAGGCGGGGCGGGACAAGUACAAGACCCUUCGUCAGAUCCGCCAGGGCAACACCAAGCAGCGCAUCGACGAGUUUGAGUCCAUGUGAGGGGACGGCCUGGCUGGUUGUCUCGGCAACUCGCUUCUCAUCUCCGGCUGACCCCUCCCAUCUCACCCUCCCGACCCCUGACACCCCCCUUCCCCCCCCCCCCUACGGAGGUUUGAGGGGCACAGCUGACACUGUAUUCCCUCCACGCCUUGCCAAAGCUCUGCCUGCCCAAUGGUCAGCCAAUCAGAUCUCUCAACACAUAUAGCUCUGCCCAACUACAUCUGGAAUUGUCCAGUCUGGAGCAAGCAAUACGUAUUAUCAGUAUAAACUCUUCCUUAUCAUAAAGGGUAAUUCAGUGCUUGCAUGUUGGAUGUCCAAGUUAAAAAAAGGAAAGAAAUGGACAGAAAUUGGAGAACAAAUUUGCUUUUAUUGAAAAUGGCCAUUCAUAGCUUUUUGAUGUUGCUGGUAAACUUAUAUGUAAAGCUUUAAUAUCUUACUACUUCAGUUAAAAAAAAAAAAAAAAAAGUCUUUACUUUUUAAAAGUUCUUUUUUUUUGUCUCUUUAUUUUAAUCUCCUUUUAGUUUGUGUCCUUAAUUGUUAACUAUGAGGUUGAGUUGCUGCGUCCUGGUUCAUGUAGAGUUUUAGUUUGGUUCUCCGUCGACUGUCGACCGUGUUUGUGAAAGCCAGAACAUUGUGUGUGCUGGCUGAGUUUGGGCCCUGGUUCACUGGGCGGUGAGCGGUUACUCUUGGCCCAGGAGAGAGAGACUUUUUCCGAUGAGACCGGGAGUUGGUUACCUUAGUGACCACUGCAAUAUGAGCAUCAGUGUUCCGUACCACACCACCAUCAUGUCCAUUCACAAAUAAGCUACGAUGCAAAUCUCAGCCUGAGCUUCUGGGAGUCAAAGCGAAGUCUCUGACCCAAAGUUGUUUCUGCCGUUAUGAUCUGGGAGUCAAAGGGGAGUCAGAGACCUGGCAACAUCAAAGGUACCUAUAAGAGUCAUCUCUGCGAUCCUCAGGAGAUGGCAGGCUGUGUGUGUAUGAGUGUGUGUGCUGCGUACGUGCGUGUGUGUGUCCGAGAGAGCAAGAGAGAGAAUGGUGGUCUACGUAGGUAAGGGCAGGCCACACAUGGAUUGGUAUUAGUAGUCAACUUGGCAUUCCUGUGAAUCAGCUUGCAGUUGUACUAAAUCCAGAGGGCGAUUCAGGCCUUUCCUGAGAUUCACUGUUAAGAUUUCAAUAUGGUCAAUUAAGACUGCCCCUAAUUUUGCCCAUAUCAUAACCCCUCCUCCUAACACAAUCAUCCUGCCUUCCCCCCAUAGCGCAACCCCCCACCCCCCCACCCCCCAUACUCAGCCCCUUUUACUCACACCACAACCCCUUCCCCCUCAAUACUACGACCCUGCCCCCUGUGUUUCAUGCCCAGUCAUCAUAGAUGGUUUUCUUUGCCUGCCUGCUCACAAAGGUCCUGGUGUGUGGGGGGGGACAUGUCUGGGCUUGUCUGCGAGCCCAGGGGUGUCUUCCUCAGACGGACAGACGGACAGAUAGACAGACAGGCUAAUGAACCUUCUGUUUGUCCACAGGGGGGCGGGGCCUGCAUGAUGGGCAGAGCUUCAUUGUGCCACCCCUGGACAACCCCAGGCCUUUCUGGCUGGAGAGCAUAUGAAAACAUCAGUCCUGUGAAGAGGACAGCUCACUACCUCAUUUCUACUAGAUGGUGACUGGCCAAGCAAACACUGUACAAACCAAACAUGUCCCUCCUCCUUUACAUCGCUGCAAUUUGAUUGGAGCAGCUGUGGGCUGGUCUGCGUUGCCUUGGUUUGGCUGUAGCUCUGUCUGUAACUCAAGGAUAUGUAGCCUCAUCUCGAUGAGCUUGGUUACUGGUGGUUGUUUUAAAGACCAGGUUAUUUUCAAAAUUUGACUAUUUUUUAAAAACAAACAAUAAUAAAGAAGUGCAGGGAAGAGGGACAGUUUAAUUGAUGGCAAAACCGCCAUCUUCCCUGAGGUGACCUGGGUUGAAUGUAUAGACUCACUCGGUUGUUCUAGUCCAACGGUCAGAAUUGCAGGGUCCUGGUGCAGGGUUCUCAUAAAUUCUCAAAAUACGAUAUGGGUAUGUUCCCUUAUAAAUAUCCCCCUUAUAGCAGGGCAGUAUUCAAAAACAGUGCGACGUCCGCGUUUGGACGAUGUCGUGAGCAGUGACCGUGGGUCAUUUGAACCGUAUGGACUGGCGGUCCCCAGGGCGUCGCCGCCUUGCGGGCGUGUGUCGUGGUGGUGAUGUCGCUAUAGCAGCGCCGCGUGCCCCUGGUUACGCAGGGUGAAUAGUUACUGCAGUGUUACGAGAACGUGGUUUCGGUGGGGAAGGCGUUCCUCUCAGGAGAGUGGAUCCAAGGCUCUGGUUUGAGGCAGUGAUACUCUUGUUUUGUUUUGGCUGCUUUUUUUUGGGGGGGUUUUACGUACCUUUACUAAGCUGCUUUUAAGGCUGUCGUGUUUUCUGGUUUCGGUGCAUGUGUCGGGCUGCGGCAUGUUGCGGUCUUGGCAGGGAAACGCUGUUGAUUUGAUGUGAACAUGAGGCUGUUGACCGCCUCAGAGGAAAGGGAAGGGGAAUUACCCCAGUUUUCAUAUUUGUCACCUAAUUUCGUCAGAAACGAUCCCUGAUUUUCAGUUAUCUGACAUACAAAUGCAAGCAGAUUAUUUUAUAACUUGUUUUCUGUGCUCCCUCAUAGAAUAGGAUAAGCCAUGGAAGGCUGAGUUGUUUUGUUUUGUUUUUUUAAGUAUGAAGUGGGUUUACCCGUGGUACUUCGCACAGUGAUAUUAUUCAUAAUGGAGUGCUGCAGUGAUGAGGGGGGCUUCAUAAACCCAGUGUCGGAUGGAGUUGGCCAACCAGUGACUCUGAAAAAUCGAAAUGCUCUGCUCUCCACAGCGAAACCAGCGACCAGCUGGCACAGGUGCGUGUCUGUCUUUGGCUCCGCCCACUUAUGGGCUUUGUGAAGCCUCACUCUGCCCUCACCGGUGUGCCGUGGAGUCGUACAGCUAUUAUUCGUUCCAUGUCCUCUGUAAUUCGCCCCUCGUACAACGAGCCCGUCGGCAAUACGGCCGCAGCGAUGGUGAUGAUGAUUAUGUUGAAGAGCACAUAAUGGAGCCUCUCGGAUCAGUAGCCUGCGGUUGGGACACCUUGCAUCUCAGCCAGCGGUGCUCCUUCACCGGAGAACGUCGCCGCACUCCUCACUGUUCUCCACUGCGGGAACCUGUUCCCUCCAGACUUGUGUCCUCCUCCAGUCCUCCGGGUCGGACUCCUGCACACGGGCAGGCUCGUCCUCGCGCUGCCACACCGCACAGAGACGGGGCUGACCGGAGGGGCUGGUCCAACGGCGGGUUCAGAACCCAGGGCUUGCGUUUGCUCUUGCGUUUACCGGCUCUUCUGAACGGCGUGUCUGACGGUGAGAGGAAGGAGGAGGAGGAGGUCCGGGACUGCCCCAGAAUUCAGUUCACCCAGCGGAGCCCGCGGCCUCGCUCUCCCUCCAGCAUGUUUCUCUGGGACUGGCCCUCCAUCUUAAAUCUGACAUGGCUUUUCUUUUCUUCAGAGUGCAUGCUGUCCCUUUCCUCAGAUGUGCUACCAUAUGCUUGGUUUUUCUUUAUUGUUAUAUUUUGUUUUAUAACUGAGACAGCGUAAUUAUGAUUUGCGAUUUAUGACGCGGCCGCGCUGCGUCGGGUGACGGCUGGCGGAGACCGGCGGCAGUGGGUAACCGUGGCAAUUGGGCGUGGCAGCACAGUGCUCCAGGAGCACUUCUCUGGGGCGCGCCGUGGGUGAGCAGGCCUGGCUAUGUGUACCCUGCAGGACCCCUGCAGGCGUCCCUCAGUUUGCCAUAAGUUAAAUACUGUGCUUCCGACUGGUUGCUUAUGCUUUUUGAAGAAAAUGAAAAAAUCAAGCUGCCUGGCUGCACUAAACAUGCAUAAGAUCCCGGUGGAGGUUUUAAACUCAAGUAGCAAAUGGUGGGUUUUCUGCUAUGUUUUUGGGGACAACUUUUUUUUUAGGGGGUGGGGGGAUCUAUCCUCGGGAAUAUACAAAUAAGCAAAAAUGAGAAAAUGUGGGUAGUGGAGUCUUUUUAAAAAAAAUCCCCCUCUCAUCUUUCCCAGGAAACCCCUCUCUAUGACAGGGAAACAUUGGACGAGUUGGUGUCCAUUUUGGGUGGACAGAUAAGAGCUUAAAGCCUCCAAAAGGGGACAUUUCUACAUUAGGCCUCAGUGCUGACACCAGUGGUCAUGUUUGCUAUUUGUACUUCUCUGUUCAUGCAUUUCUCUUACAAUAGAAGCAGCACAAUGGAGCCUAAUCCAUUAACUGAGUGAGCAAGCUCUUUUUCUAAGCAGGGAAAAUAUUCUCAUUUUGCAUCUUUAUUUAUUUUAUUUUAAUUAUUUUUUUGGUUGGUUGGUUUUCUUUUGUUCGGGGGAGGGGGGGUGCUGAGAGCGUUAAAUAGUUUUACAUUUCAAAUGGCUUCUCGCUCUCCCUCUGUCCCACCCAAAGCAACACGUUUGUCUUGUACGAUCAAGUCGUAACAUUUUGAACAACGUCCGCUGGUUAACAAUAAAGGUAUCAAAACGAA